AGUAAGACCUUGAUGACAAGUAUAAAUAUAAAUAUGACGUAGAACAGAUCGUAAAAAUUCACAACGGAUUAUUCACCCUCGUUACAUAUGGCAAGCCAAACGUGACAAAAGUGUAUUGAGAAUUCCAACCGCUAGUCGAGAAUAUCAAGCGAUGGUCGAGAAUAUUAGGCGAUGGUCGAGAUUUAUAACAGUAACAACGGUCUUAGUAGUAAACUCCUGUUUCUGGUAAUACUUGAUGUACUUUGAAAGAAUUCAGGAAUUUCUCGCCAGACUGCAGUUUAGCGAAUUUCCGAAGCGCUUAUGUGCGUAGCGCGGGCUCCUUUUUGGUUAGGAUUAUGUGGAAUUAUACGUUAGGGUUUGGGUCAGCGUCCAAGGUGUCCGUUUAUAAAAUAAACACAAUGCGCUGUGUUUGCAUCAACGAACUCCAUAACAAUCGUUGUUGUAGAGUUCACUGAGUUUUCCCAUUCUAUAAUAACUCAAUUAUAGAACUCAAUGGGUUUUCCCCAGUGACCAACGAUAUAGGCAAAUGGCAAAAAAUAGCCUUCUCCAAGCUGAAGGUGGUGUUUGUGUGGGAUAAGACUAACUCCAGAGUUGUUUUAAGUCAUAUUUGUGUUAGGAAUUUAACAAAACAUUUAUAAUAUCUGUGUAUAAUACGUUUAGACCAUUAAAAAUAUUUGCAGUUGAGCCUUUGCCAUGAUUUUAGUGAUAAAAAUUGUCAUUAUUGAAUAAUAGCUACCAUAUUUGGUAUAUGAUUUGCAACAGGUAUUCAAUGAUUCAGGCUGAGCAAAUUUAGGGAGGAACUUACCAUAGUGUUUUCCUCUUUUACUUUCAUUUUUAAUGAUUUGAAAUGUAUAAAAGUUGCUUUUCUUUUCGAAGAAAUUUUGAGCAGUUUCCUGUAAUUUUAUACAUUCAUAUGUCAUUUGCCAAGUCUGACUCACUGACUCACAUGAUAUAUCUAUUGAAUUGUUUUGUAGAAGUUAUAAAAGAGUGAAAAUUUUCGAUGUCUGAGGGUCGAGGAAGAGGAAAUAAAGGACGGGGAAGACGUCGAGGUCGUGGACGUGGUGGUGGUGGGAAUAAAGCACGAACGAAUGAAAGUGUAGCUCCUAGCGGUUUACAAGAUACAAGAUCAAGUGAUAGAGGAGCCAUUGCUUUGACUGUUGAUGAACCAACACCAUCUGUCACACAAGCAACUCCUUCUCAAGAAUUUCAAGUCAGUGAAGAUAAAGAUCAAGCAAAAUCAACUUCUAAAAAACAACGUCAAAGAAGGAAGAAGCAAGAACAGACUUCUCAACAAGAAACAACAUCUGCUCAAGCAAGCAAUGUUAAAAAUCCCACAGCUCAACAGGAUGUUGAAACCUUAGCAAAAAAUGUCCAACAGUUAAAAGUUCAAGAACAAAGUGAUUCUACAGAUGGGGCAUUUCCUAGUAGAUCAGCUGACACGGCACCUACACAAGCACCUAAGGAUACACAACCAAAAACUACCCCAGUCACUCCACAAAAACAAACUUCAAAGAAAUCAACCUCUCAACCUGUCAAGAAAACACCAUCGUCCACAACUCAGCAGGAAAAACCUGAAUUAAAGCAAUUGUCAACUGAUCUACCUCAGUCAGAGAAGGAGGAGAUAAGACUACUCCGUCGACCUGAUAAAGGAGGUCAACUAGGUAGACUUUUACGUCUUCGUGUGAACUUUCUUAAUGUUCAACUGCCAAAAAAUGAUAUUCAUCAUUAUGACACAUCAAUUAAAGCAAACUUUAAGACCAAUCGUGAUGGCUAUACAAAAUCUGAAGCCCCUAAGAUUAUUAAAGAAAUGGUAAAUCAGUAUGAAGCUGCUAAUCCCAAAGGACCAAAAUUAGUUUAUGACAAAGAUGGUAAAAAUUUGUAUUGUCGUACACUCAUCCCAGAUAUUGGAAAGGACAUGAGAGAAUUCAAGGUACUAUUUACAACAGACAAUGGUAGUCAGCGAGAGUACACUGUUACUGUAAAAUGGGCAGCACAAGUUAGUCUUUAUUACCUGAAGCAAGCACUUGAUGGAAAAUCCAUUGAAGUGCCCCAGAAUGCCGUGCAAGCUGUACAAAAUGUGAUCAGAUUUUUGCCAUCAAUGACCAGCACUCCUUUUGGUCGUUUGUUUUUUAAUUUCUAUGGCGAUGAAAAAGAUCUGGGUCUUGGUCUUCAGAUCUGGAAUGGACGUUUUGUAAGCAUACGUCCGACGCAGUGGAAGAUGAUGUUGAACAUUGAUAUAUGUGCUACUGCAUUUUAUAAAGCACAACCUGUUCUUGAUUUUAUGUGUGAAUAUCUUAAACUGAGAAAUAUACCUCCGAAACUGAACCCAUCACAAAGGAGAGACUUUAGCAAGGAAAUGAAGACCGUUAAGAUUGAAACAACUCACGUUAAAAGAAAACAAAGAGUCAGCGGAUUGUCCAUGAAAUCUUCAAAGGAUGAAAAAUUUCCUCUGGAAGAUGGAAAAACGAUCAGUGUUUUUGAAUACUUUAAAGAAAAGUAUAACAUUACAUUAAGAUACCCCGAUCUUCCAUGUCUGAAGGUUGGUAGUAAAGGCAGUUUGAUUCCAAUUGAGGUCAGUAAUAUUGCUGGUGGUCAACGACGGGAGGGAAGACUUAAUCCUGAUCAAACAAGAGAAAUGGUAAGACACACAGCACUUCCAGCUCCACAACGCCAGCGAGAAAUAGAAAAUUUAGUUCGCAGCUCUAACUUUGACAAAGAUCCUUACUGUGCUGAUUUUGGAAUCAAGGUUGGUAGAAAUCUAGCCAGUGUUACAGGAAGAGUUUUGGAUCCACCUUUGUUAAGCUAUGGUCCUAAAGAUAAACCACAAACAGAGAAACCACGGGAUGGUGUAUGGAAUAUGCAAAAUAAACCAAUGUUUGAACCAAAAGAAUUGAAGGAAUGGGCGCUUGUUUCAUAUGAAAAUCCGAGAUUCUUUGAUGAUCGAGCCAUGAGUAAUUUUAUCUCUCGUCUUGUUCAGGCGGGUGGAGAAAAACAGUUAAGAAUUAACGAUACUCCUUGUUAUAAAAAUACACAGCGUGGUUACGACGGUAUUGGCAAACUCUUUGGUCAACUUAUUAAGAAUUAUCCUAACCUUCAACUCAUUGUUGUUAUAUUUCCUGAUAAAGAUUCCACCGAUCCUUAUUACGAAGAAGUGAAGCAUUAUGGAGAUGUUGUUUAUGGCAUGAGAACACAAUGUGUUAAAUCGAAAAACGCGAAGAAAGCAGAUAUGCAAAUGAUGGCUAAUAUUUGUCUUAAAAUCAACGCAAAACUUGGUGGAACAACAUCAGUCCUCAACAAAGAAAAUCGUUCACCAAUAUUAUCUGAACCUGCCAUUAUUUUUGGUGCUGACGUCACGCAUCCAGCUCCCGGAGACAGCUCUCCUUCAAUAACCGCUGUGGUUGCAAGUAUGGACUCGUAUCCUAACCAGUACUGCGCAGAGGUCUGCGUCCAACAGCGUGGUAGCAAGACGAACAGAGAAGAAAUUGGUGAUAUUAAAAAUAUCGUUGUUACCUUACUUAAGAAGUUUCGUAAGUCUACCGGAGCUGCACCACAGAAAAUCAUAUUUUAUCGUAUUGGAGUUGGUGAAGAUCAAUUUAAACGUGUUUUACUUCUGGAGCUUCAAGCAUUUCAAGAUGCUUGUCUUGAACUAGAUCCCAAUUAUAAACCACAAAUUACAUUUAUUGUCGUCCAGAAAAGUCAUCAUGCUCGAUUCUUUGCCGAAGAUCCACGUGAUCAAAGAGGUAAAAGUAAGAACAUCCCUGCUGGUACUUUGGUCGAUAAAGACGUUGUUCAUCCCUUUAAAUUUGAUUGGUACCUGUGUAGUCAUGCUGGUAUUCAAGGUACCAGUAAACCAACUCACUACCAUGUCUUGUAUGAUGAUAGUAAUUUUAAGUCAGAUGAACUACAGAAUCUCACCAAUCAACUAUGUCAUACCUACGUUCGUUGUGCCAGAGCAGUAUCUAUACCAGCACCUGUGUAUUAUGCUCACCAUGCUGCGUUUAGAGCUCGUUAUCAUUUAAAGGAGGUUGAACGUGGAAGCCCAGAUGGUAGUGUUGCCUCUGGAGACGAUGGAAGCGUCCUUAAGGAAGAAGAUUUGGUUCGUGCUGUGAAAAUUCACGACAACAUGAAGUCUACAAUGUAUUUUGCCUAGAGUUUUAAUUAAUUAUUAUCGAAAUUUAAUUUUAAUUUAUUUUUUGUUGUUGAUAUAAUGAAAAUAUUUUAAUUGAAU